AUGGCAACCGCUGGCAGUCCCGGUGGGGGCAACCCGACCCUAGAUGCGCUGAUGGCGGCAAUACGCGAGGACAAGGAAAUGUACUUCUUCUACGGCUCGCUGAUGGACGCCGGCAUCCUGCAACGCGUCACCGGUCUUCGAGAGAAACCAACACUGACACCCGCGCGGAUCGAGGGCUACCGCAUCAAGAUGUGGGUUCAAUAUCCGGCUCUGCUUGAUGGGGAUCCCGGCAGCAUGGUCCACGGCAUGGCGUGCGUGGUGGAGGGCGCACAGGCGAAGGAUAGACUGGAGCAGUACGAGACUGUCAACUACAAGAAGGUCUGGUGCACGAUUCAAAUGGGAAACGGCACAUAUGUCUCUGGGACAACAUUUAUGUGGGCUGGUGACAAGAGCGAUCUGAAGGAGGGCACCUUUGAUUUGAAGGACUGGCAGAUGGAGCACGUGCUGGAUGGCCUAUAG